CGGACGGCGUCCGCGUAGCGUCCGCGUAGCGUCCGCGCCGUGAAACAGGACGGGGGUGCUGCUGACCACCACGCGCCGGCGUGGCCCCACUGCAGAGAGAAUGCGCCCAGCUUCCGGCCGCGAUCGCGUCUGAGGCCUCGACUCGUGCCAUGGGAGUGGGCGUCCCCGCCUGACUAUGGAACCAGGGCCGCCAGGGCGUGAUGGGCGCCGACACGGGCAAGGGCGAGCCGCUCGAUAAGACUAUGGGGCUGAGCGUGGCGGUGCAGGAGGCAGCGGCGGCGGCGGCCUUCGGGACGACGACCAUGGCGGCGACCAUGACGGCGACGACGUCCGCGAGGGGCACCCUGGUGCCGCCGGCGGACGCCGUCCUCGUCCCCAAGCUGAUGGGCAACAGCAACUGCACCGCUGAGGACUGCCUGCAGAUGCAAGACAUCUUCUACGGGACGUCGGACAUGAACGACACGUGGCGCAACAUCUCGGGCAACGGCACCACGCCGGCCGGCGCCGAGGACAGCGCGGUGUACUUCAUGGCCGCCAUCUCCGUCGUGCUCGGCCUCAUGAUCCUCAUCACCAUCAUCGGCAACGUGUUCGUGAUCGCCGCCAUCCUGCUGGAGCGCAACCUGCAGAACGUCGCCAACUACCUGAUCGUGUCGCUGGCCGUGGCCGACCUCAUGGUGGCGUGCCUCGUCAUGCCGCUGGGCGCCGUCUACGAGAUCUCGCAGGGCUGGAUCCUGGGGCCCGAGCUGUGCGACAUGUGGACGUCCAGCGACGUGCUGUGCUGCACCGCCUCCAUCCUGCACCUCGUGGCCAUCGCCGUGGACAGGUACUGGGCGGUGACGCAGGUGGACUACAUCCACACGCGCAACUCGCAGCGCAUCGGCAUCAUGAUCCUGCUGGUGUGGGCCGUGGCGCUGGUGGUGUCGCUGGCGCCGCAGUUCGGCUGGAAGGACCCCGAGUACCUGCACCGGAUCAACGUGCAGCAGCGCUGCCUGCCCUCGCAGGACGUGGGCUACCAGAUCUUCGCGACCUGCUCCACCUUCUACGUGCCGCUGCUCGUCAUCCUGGGCCUCUACUGGAAGAUCUUCCAGACGGCGCGCAAGCGCAUCCACAAGCGGCAGGCCCUCAAGCACUACGUGGCGCAAGACAAUAACAAGCCCAAGACCAAGCUGCUGAGCACGAAGCGUUUCCUCCGCAUCCGGAGGCUGGGCUCUGACUCGGGGGCGGCCUCGGGGGACCCGCUGGUGUCGGCGCUCGUCAUGGUGGAGGGGCACUCGACCACGACGGUGGUGGACGAGAACAGCACGGACGGCGACCGGAAGAAGUCCGAGGCCAGCGAGAGCUCCCCCUCCGCCAAGGAGGCCACCACGGCCUUCACCAUCAGCGGGGCGCCCCCGGUGGACGGCGGCUCCUCGGCGUACCUCACUCCCGGCGCCGCGGCCGGCAACAGCGCCCCGGACAAGACCGCCACCCCGAACAACGGGCCGAACAACGGGUCGGCGUCGCUCAGCCAGGGCGGCCCGCCGAGCCGCGCGCCCAGCCCCGAGCCCGGGGCCGGGGGCAAGGUGAACCCGGCCGCGCUGGCCGCCGCCAAGAAGGAGAAGAAGGAGUCCCUGGAGGCGAAGCGCGAGCGCAAGGCGGCCAAGACGCUGGCCAUCAUCACGGGGGCCUUCGUGGUGUGCUGGCUGCCCUUCUUCAUCAUGGCGCUGGUGAUGCCGCUGUGCGAGUCCUGCCAGAUCAACGACCACGUGGCCAGCCUGUUCCUGUGGCUCGGCUACUUCAACUCGACGCUCAACCCCGUCAUCUACACCGUGUUCAGCCCCGAGUUCCGGCAGGCCUUCAAGCGCAUCCUGUACGGCGGCCGGCACCCGCGCAACGGCCGCGGCCAGGGGCGCGCCAGGGACUUCCGCACGGGGCGGCCGAGGUAG